AUGGAGACUGCAAUCAAGUACGGCGAGGAGGGAUUGGCAGAGGACAUCAAGUACUACGAGAUCCCACUGAAGACCAAGCUCAUCAAGAUGCUCGAGGAUGCGGCGGCGAAAGAAGACGGAAACUGGGAGCGGCCCAGGCCACGCAAGGCAGCCGAGAGAGAGAUUAUCAAAAGAGAGGUUGUCGAGAGAGUGAUUGCCGAAACAGAGAUUGCCAAGGCCGAGACUGCAAAAACCGAGCCUGCCAAGACUGGGGCUGCCAUCAGAAAGCAGAAUGAAAAGAUACGGGGGAGGACUGCUACUGUAGAUUGGAGUCACGAGAUACCGGCCCAAAUGAAGGCAUCUCCGCCGCGGGAGCCGCGUGCUGCGGGUUCGCCCCCAGCUACCAAGCCCGAAGGCCCUGUAUCGCAGGGAGUCGCGACCUCCCCGCACCGGUAA